GGGAGUGAGACGGCGCGGCGGGACGGCCGGCAGUGCCCUGAGCCCGGCGGGAAGGAGGAGGAGGAGGAGGAGGAGGAGGAGGAAGGCGGGGGUCAGCCCGCUAAGCCGGUCGGGAUGGAUAAGUACGACGACCUGGGUCUGGAAGCCAGCAAGUUCAUCGAAGACCUCAAUAUGUACGAGGCCUCCAAGGAUGGUCUCUUUCGGGUGGACAAAGCUGCCGGCAACAACCCCGAGUUCGAGGAGACGAGGCGGGUCUUCGCCACCAAAAUGGCCAAGAUCCACCUCCAGCAGCAGCAGCAGCAACAGCAGGAGGAGAUGCUGAUGGCCGCCCUCAACGGAGGGGCUGCCUUCAACACCCCCCGGCCCAGCCCGCCGGCGACGUGGGGUGCCAAGCCACCCCCAGCCUCCGCCGCUGAGGGGCCGCGCGCGAGGCCGUAUGAUGGAGGGGAGCGUGGCUUUGGCGAGAGCGGGUCGCAUGCCGAGACCACAGGGAGCCAGGCCGGGCACCGGGGCUGGGAAGCAGAGCCCGACAGGAUCCCCAGAGCGGGGGGCUCGCGGCCUGGCGUGGGGCGCGGGGAGCAGCAGCCCGGGAGCUCCGGGGACCCCCAGCCCUGCCGUGGCGUACAGGAGAACGGCAGCGAGGGCAGGCGAGGCAGCAGCGGCCGUGACCCGAUGCCGGCUGGGCAGAGGUCCUCCUCUUUCUCACAUGCCCGGACCCCCCCAGCACCGUUGGCAGGGACAGAGGAUGGGGUGCUGGGGGCCCUGCCGCAGCAGAGGUCCUCCUCCUUCUCGGCCCCCUUGGUGCAGCCUGCCCGGGGGUUUUCGGGCCCUGCUGAUGCCUGUGGUCCCAGGGCUGGAGGGGAUGGCAGCCAGCUAUGGUAUCAGGGCGUCCCACCGUCCUUCUCCCCCAGCUCUGCGCCUGCCACCCCAAACAUGGACUACCAGCACGCCGCUGCCUACCCCGGCCCAGCCGGCCACUUCAUGGCCCACGGUCAAAACCACCGGCCCAAUGGCAGCGGCGCUGGCCCUGAGCCGGGCUCCUCACGCCUGGCUUCGCGCGGGCCAAUGGCUCCGGAUGCUCCACAGCCGCCUUUCCCAGAGGGCACAAGUGGCCCGCGGUCAGAUGCCGGGCACCCAGAGGGCUCCAGCGCGGCGAAGGUGAAGCUGCCCUGCCAGACCCUCCUUCCGCAGCCGGAGCAAGGGCCGUCAGCGGCCGAGCUGAAGCUGGAGGCACUGACCCAGCGCCUGGAGCAGGAGAUGGAUGCUCGGCCAAAGGCCGAUUACUUUGGCACCUGCGUGAAGUGCAGCAAGGGGGUGUAUGGAGCAAACCAGGCUUGCCAGGCCAUGGGCAAUCUCUACCACGACGGCUGCUUCACCUGCGGAGCCUGCAGUCGAAAGCUGAGAGGAAAAGCCUUUUAUUUUGUCAAUGGCAAGGUGUUCUGUGAAGAAGAUUUCCUGUAUUCUGGUUUCCAGCAGUCAGCUGACAGGUGUUUCAUUUGUGGUCAUUUGAUAAUGGACAUGAUCCUGCAGGCUCUAGGAAAAUCGUAUCAUCCAGGCUGCUUCCGAUGCGUGGUCUGCAACGAGUGUCUGGAUGGUGUGCCAUUCACUGUAGACUCUGAAAACAAAAUCUACUGUGUUAGAGAUUACCACAAAGUUUUAGCUCCAAAGUGUGCAGCAUGUGGACUUCCUAUUCUGCCCUCUGAGGGGUCUGAUGAGACCAUUCGGGUUGUGUCCAUGGACAAGGAUUACCAUGUGGAAUGUUAUCACUGUGAGGACUGUGGAAUGGAACUGAAUGAUGAAGAUGGGCAUCGCUGUUACCCGCUAGAUGAACAUUUGCUUUGUCACUCCUGUCAUCUGAAAUACAUAGAGAACGGCACUACCCCGGCAGCUGUGUACCAGCACCACUACUAGGCAGCGUGGCGGCCAUGGGAGAGCCAGGACAGAAGACUUCUUACGUGAUCUCCCUCUCCCCACCCUCAGUUGAUUUCCUGUGCAUGUUUUUCACCAGUUGGCAAUGUUCCUGUAAAAGGAUAUGAGAGACUUUUGCUGGAUUCCCAGACUCUGUAUGCUUGUGAGUUCCAGCUGUAUCCACGUCUACUUGACCAAGAAUGUGGCAUGGUAUCUAAACCAAUCAGUUUACUUUACGUGCCUUUUUCUGCUUUCUGGAGAUUCCUCUUGGCUCAUUUUGGAAGAUUCAUCAGUGAAAAGCACAACUUGCUCUCGUGCCUAUGAACUCAGAUCGCGCCAUGCGCAAUUAUAAAGCCAGAGGCUGGCUUGCUUGCCUGCCUGCUGAGAACAUACCUUAGGUCUACUAAGUGCUUCCUGACAAGCACAUUUCAUCAGAUUCCCUGAAGGACAUCAACCUAUUAAUACCAGGUUUUAGACACUUUCUCUCUCUUUUUAGUAAUUAUUUUCCUAAAGAAAGGGGUCUGUGCAAAAUGGCACGCCCGGACCUUCCAGUUAAUUCCUUGAACUCCAGUAUCAAGUCUGGCUGUGAAAGCACCAGCUCUCCAAGCACAACCCAGGCAUGCUGGCUGGCAGGUGGAGACCGACAUCCCAUUUCAAACAGAACAAAAAACUGGAACAAGCUAGGCUAAGCUACUGUGGUGACUUGGGGCCUGGGCUUGUGUGUCAGCGUGAUACGCAGGGGCCGGUAUGCUGUGUCAGUCUGAAUAGCAGAUUAUAUUUGGAAAGGGAGGGUCUGGAUGCUGAAAGUGUGGACACUGGGGAAGUCCAGCCUCGUUCUUGCUUGCAGAGCUUGCUUUGGAAAAAAGCUCUCCCUACACAGACACUUGCCCGAGUUUCUCAGCUUGUCCCCACAGCUCAGCCCCCAGCCUGGCCACUCCUUUCCCUGGUGUUUACCCAGCACAAAGCCAUUUCAUAAUGGUGCUUAUUUAGAGCUCUGGGAACAAGCUCGAGAUUGUUAUGAAGGCUUUGUUAGACAUGGAUUUAGAGCCUUGCUCCACAACCUGUACUCAAAUGAGUACGUUGGUAUAAACAGAUUUGCUUCCAUGAAUAACAACAGCUUAUCUGAGCAAGGGGUUAGUGAGUUUGGCCCUUCCUUUCUGUUCUGCUGAGAAAGAAGAAAGGCAGAUCAUUUCUGGUUUUGAACCCCCUGCUCUAUAGUAAAAGAAAUCUGCUCACCUGGUAUGUGUUACAUAUAAGAUACAUGUGCCUGCAGUGCGUGUUCUGUAGGUACCAAAGCUGUACAGCCCCUCAUGUACAGGUACAAAGUUUUUGUUUAAGAAAAAGUUUUUAAUUUAAAGUCUCAGAUGCAGUCAGGGAUCUUAGCUACCCUUUCCAACAUAUUUUGUGAAAAAAACUAGUUAAAUCCUAACAUAUCCAUGCUAAAGAUGUAAAUUCAGUUCUGAUAGAUAGAGGGCAGGAUGAAGAUCUUUUUAGUGAGGAAACUACAAUAAAUAAGCUGAGCGGUGGCACUGGGACUCCUGACAUGGGCCUCUGCCAAGAACCCACUAUGGUCAAUCAAACCUCUUUUCCCGUAGCAUGAAUGUAGCUAGAUAGGUGCUUGAACUUCACACCGAGUAGUCAGACUGCCUCGUGUACCCAUCUGGAGCAGCACAGGUGCUGGCUGCAGCAAGCUGCCUGUGCUAAUACAUACCACGGGCCUCUGUUUUGAGUGGUGCAAGUUGCUGCGCUAAGUAUUAAACAGAGGCAGAAGCAUCUGCGGUAAAACUGAUGAAGACCAGUGGCCUGUUAGCGCCUUCCUACACAUCUGUAUCAGCUUGCCUUGGCUGAGGUGUGAACGUCUGAAACUGCCCAAGCCUCAGGAGCUGGGUGGUUUUGACAUGGAGUUUCACUGGGCUGGCAAACCACCCAGCCUUCUGCCCCACACAGCUGUAAGUGCCUCCGCCUGUUGCUGCUGCUCUUUGGGAUAGCGAUGGCGGCACUUGGCUGGAGAUCAGUCCUGGGCUGGAGACCAUCCAGAGCCCCGGCUUUCGUGCAGCUUAGCUCUGUGGUGACGUUUCUCCUGGGGACAUGCAACCCCUUGGGGAGCGACAAAAAGCUCAAAGGGGUGACUUUCUCACCGCAGUAUAUGUGGGUCUGGGACAUCUAUGAUUCAGAGAGCUGUAUCUGUGAUUUUAGAGGAAGUAAAAUUGACCCUAAAUAUGUGAGCUCCCUGUAGCCUGAAAUUUGGCUUCCUAAUUCUGGAUACCGAAGGGAUGGGAACCUGACAUAAAAUAUAACUGGUGCUGUAUAUGGACAAUAUGGAUUGGGGACAACAAAACACCCAGGGCAGAUCCUGCAGUGCUCUCAUCCUGGUGUGACAUGUCAGCUUGUGUCCUGCAGUGCAGCUGGGCACGUGGCAGGAGGGUCUCAUGAUGCGACUGUGAUCUUAGGACUACCUGAAGGGACUGAGGUGGAAAAUAAUGCCAGCUGAGUGUCCCUGGUAAAUAAUUCAGGUAGUCCUGGGCAGGUGGUUCUCCUCUCUGAGCUUUGGCAGUGAAGGCAGUGAGAUAAUCAAAGUGGUUUCUGGAAGUGAGCUGGAAACGCCAGCCCUGAUCUGUUGUUCUGUCUCUGAGACGCCAGCUAUUACAUGGCUCCUGCUUUUGCUAGCUCUUGGUUUUUAGAGCAGGCCCUCACGCACAUUUUCUGGCCUCCAUUUUGGGAAGAUCUGAAAACACUAGCAGGGCUGGUAUUUUCAUUCUAGGCUGUGGUUUAAACUACCAUCUCACUCUUGCAGCCUUCCCUACAACCCCAAAAUAAGCAGGCAAGAAGGGGCAGGGGAGAAGGUCAGUUUUCCGUCAUGGAAAGCCUCGAGCAGCCCGUUUGUGGAGCCUUCUUUGCAUCAACAGGAAGUUUGGCCUCUGCUCCCACAGAGUGUCUUGUUACUCCUGUCAGCCAUCCCAUACCCCUCAACGCUGGGGAAGUGAAGGCUGCCCUACUUUCUGUUUUGAGACCUGGUAUAAAUUAUUAAGUGCCAAUACACUCCUUUCCUAUAUUUACAAAGAGCUAGAAAUGACAAAAUGAAGCUAUUGAAAAUGGAGUGUGUGAGGUGGGGGGUUUUGACGCUAAAGUGUCUGCUGCAUUGCCCUGCACCCCUACGUGCGCUAACUCGCACCGCUUUUAUCUUUGGGAGUUCGAAUUCAUUUAAGCUCCUUAUUACUCUUGCCUUUUCUCCUAGGCUGUGGGUGUCUGAGUCCGUGUUGAUUAUCCCCUGCUUGUCCCUGGCUCCGCAGCUGCCUGAUGGUGAGUCUGGUGGGGAGGCAGGGGCACCCUGCACAGGAGAAGCUUCUCCUCCUCCUGACCCCCCAGCCACCAGGCAUCCGGGGAGCUGCAAGUCCUGGGGCUGGAGGGGUGAGGCUUUGCAUGCUCUGCUGAAGAAUUUCAGAAAACAUGUUAAGUUCUGCCUGUCACCUCGCUGAUACGCAUUGGGUUUUGCUGUUCGCAUGAACCUUGUUGUCUUUUUAUUUAUUAAGAUGCUGAAACGUGCUGUGAAAGGUUAGUCGUCACUCCUCCCCAGCCUGCUCUUCUGGCUGGUUUUAGGGUAGGGGAACCUUGGAAGUCCCAUUGUGCUGGUAAUGAGUAACUCACAUGCAAAUAGUUCUUCAAGUGAAUUCCCUGAAACUCGUUUUCAGGAGCCAGAGCUUAAUACAUCUUUUCAUUCAGAUCAUACUGUUAAAUUUCUAUUGUUUAGAAAUAGGGAUUUUUGCAGAAAAGCCAGGGGAAAAGCCCCAGCGUAAAAGCAGCAGACAUUUUCGUGUAAUUUAAAGCAUAAGAAACACCUGUGAUCAGUGUGAUUUAGGAAACUGCCCUUAUGUGAAAUGCAGGGAACAGCAUUUUCAAACACCCUGGUGAGGAGCAUUUGAUGAGGUCUGUGGCUCUUUAGAUUCUGAGUUUCAUCUGGGGGCUUUUAAAAUGUUUUCCCAGUCGUUCAGGGCUUAAAUGAUUUUUUUGUAGAUCUCUUUACUACAAAUUGAAUAGUUGCUUGGUCUGGAAAUGGUGGAGUCUCAUCAGCACGAGGUAUGUUAUGGCAGAUGUGAAAGUGGGAAACCAGUCUCGUAAGAGCUGGUACGGGUCUGGCUGGCCAUUCAAAAGGAAAGGGUAUCUUUGGCUGCCAAGAGAAGAGAGUAAAUAUCUCCCUGUGCUUUCUUCUUGUGCUGAUUUAUAGCACUGAGUAAAUAUUUGGCAUCCCUGAAUUUCAGUAUUCGGGUCUGUUUGUAAGCACUGCUGUGACCUCCUCCUCUCCCUCCCGUGAGUUCAUAGCCCUAGGGAGGAUCACAGGCAUGCUCUUCCUCAUUAAUUUAGUCCCAAUUUUGCACUUCUGUAUUUCCUUGGAAAUUUUACCACUUAGUUAUUUCAGCAACAGCAAAACCAGGUCCUUGCUUAAAGGAAAAUGGACACAUGCCGCUCCCCAUCCUUAAUUGAACACUUUGACCUGAUCCGCCAGAUGACCUGAAUAUCAGCCUGCUGCUGGUCGAUGCAGCGGCAGCUUUGUACUCUGCUGCUGUUGCUAAGAAAAUUGCAUGAAGGACUCUGUCUGCAUUAAACCUGAAGUGCACAGGCAGGCAGUCCCACUGAAACCAGUAAGGCUGUGCACGUACAUGAAAAUCAAUGGGUGUGUGUAGGUCAGUGUUGGAUCAAGGGCAGAGUGUUUUUAAUACAGACAAGACGUACCUGGGGAUGAAUCUGGCAGUAUAAAAGUUGCUUUGAAAAGAUUGCUGGAAUGGACUGCCAACUUUUUUGUUCAAUAAACUGAAGCAGUGGGGGUGCACAGAGAAAGACAGAUGUGACUUAAAAAAUCCAGUAGCUGUAGGGAAAAGAGGACAGGUGAUUACAGAGAGCAGGGGAGAAGGUGGAUAGAGGGGAUUUGGUUUAGUUCGUUGUAUUCCUGGACAUUUAUUAGAGGGGGUUUUGCGGGGAAGCACACCUGCGUACGCUGGUCUGGACCAUGCUUCUCCCAUGUCAGCCUCAGCUGCGUGCUCUGUGUCCGCUUUUGUGGUUGUGCAUGCUGUCGUGUCUGUGCACGUGGACAUGUGGCAUGUGCUGCCCAUGAGAGACCUGCCUUUCACACCUCUGUAUCCAUGCCAAGUGUUUGUAGAUGCAUUUUGAGCAAAACAUCUGUACAUAAAUGUGAGGUCAAGUUGACCCAGGCUUAUUGCUGGAGAAACAUCUCUGGAGUCAGUACCUGCAGGCAGGGAAGGGCUGUGGCCAGAAACAUGUCCUUUUUUCCCCCCAUCCUCUGAGGGAAGCACCUGCAACACUGGGAGAAGCUGGGAGGGGCUUUGCCUCUCUUGUCACGUUGCAUUUGUGCGUUCACUUUUCUGUUUCUGUGUCCUGCAGCUUGCUAGCUGCAGUGGCACUAGGUGUACUUACCAGAGCCAAUCAGACAGAUGUCUUCCUGCCAUGAGCCCAGACAGAGCCCAGAGCUGCUCACCCAUCCUAAGGAGAAGCAAAUUUAAGCUUUUCUGAGCAAUAAAAAUCCUCAGCCUGCUUUCUUCCAGGGCAGCCAGAAGCUUGCGUGGCAAUAUGCAUCAGGAGCCUGCUAAGACAAGAUGAGAGAUGGGAAGAAACUGUCCCUGCGGGGAAAAUACGUGGCAUAGAGCCCCUGAAGGCAGAUGACAGGGAUGCCCCGUGGCCCCAGUGCAGGUGCAGGGAUAACCGGGCUGCAGUUCCCAGGCCUGCUGGCACCGACCCUCGUCCCCGCGCAGCAGGUCUGCGGUGCACGGCCAGAUGGGGACCUGGCGCACACACGCAGCCUGUGGUUUUCUGCAUCUGGAAAGCAAAUCCAGAGCCUGGCUAAUGAUACUGAAUGGUACUAAUUAUUCUGUUUAUAUUUCUUUCAAAGCUCAACUCCAGGAGAGAGUAUUUUAGUAUUUGUGCUGGUGUAACUAACCUUAGCCACCUGUGAACACAGCCCUUUUUUUCUUCAGUGCUGUUAUUAUUUAUAAAAAAUGAAGGCUGGGAGCAGAGGUGAAGCCACUAGCCUGUUGUAAUUUCAGUGAUUAAAGACAAUACUGUAAAGCAG